AUGAUGAACUUCUUGCGGCGCCGGCUGUCGGACAGCAGCUUCAUCGCCAACCUGCCCAAUGGCUACAUGACCGACCUGCAGCGGCCCGAGCCCCAGCAGCCGCCGCCGCCGCCCCCCGGCCCGGGCGCGGCCUCGGCCUCGUCGGCGCCCCCGGCCGCCUCGCCCGGCCCCGAGCGGAGGCCGCCGGCCGCCCCCGCGCCGCAGCCCGCGGCGGCGCCGUCGGUGGGCAGCAGCUUCUUCAGCUCGCUGUCCCAAGCCGUGAAGCAGACGGCCGCCUCGGCCGGCCUGGUGGACGCGCCCACGCCCGCGCCCGCCGCCGCCAGGAAGGCCAAGGUGCUGCUGGUGGUCGACGAGCCGCACACCGACUGGGCCAAGUGCUUUCGGGGCAAAAAAGUCCUUGGAGAUUAUGAUAUCAAGGUGGAACAGGCGGAAUUUUCAGAGCUCAACCUGGUGGCCCAUGCAGAUGGGACAUAUGCUGUGGAUAUGCAGGUGCUCCGGAAUGGCACGAAAGUUGUCCGGUCCUUCCGGCCAGACUUCGUGCUCAUCCGGCAGCAUGCAUUCGGCAUGGCAGAGAACGAAGACUUCCGCCACCUGAUCAUUGGCAUGCAGUACGCAGGCCUCCCCAGCAUCAACUCACUGGAAUCUAUUUACAACUUCUGUGACAAGCCAUGGGUGUUUGCCCAGCUGGUGGCCAUCUACAAGAUACUGGGAGGAGAAAAGUUCCCCCUCAUUGAGCAGACAUACUACCCCAACCACAAAGAAAUGCUCACACUGCCCACAUUCCCUGUGGUGGUGAAGAUUGGCCACGCUCACUCGGGCAUGGGCAAGGUCAAAGUAGAAAACCACUAUGACUUCCAGGACAUUGCUAGUGUGGUGGCUCUUACCCAGACCUAUGCCACAGCAGAGCCUUUCAUUGAUGCCAAGUAUGACAUCCGGGUCCAGAAGAUUGGCAGCAACUACAAGGCUUACAUGAGGACCUCAAUCUCAGGGAACUGGAAGACGAACACUGGUUCUGCAAUGCUGGAGCAAAUUGCCAUGUCAGACAGGUACAAACUGUGGGUGGACACCUGCUCUGAGAUGUUUGGUGGCCUGGAUAUCUGUGCUGUCAAAGCUGUACAUGGCAAAGAUGGGAAAGACUACAUUUUUGAGGUCAUGGACUGUAGUAUGCCACUGAUUGGGGAGCACCAGGUAGAAGACAGACAAUUCAUCACCGAACUAGUCAUCAGCAAGAUGAACCAGCUGCUGUCCAGGACUCCUGUCCUAUCCCCUCAGAGACCCUUAACCACCCAGCAACCACAGAGUGGAACACUUAAGGAUCCAGACUCGAGCAAGACCCCGCCUCAGCGACCACCCCCCCAAGGGGGCACUGGGCAACCCCAAGGAAUGCAGCCCCCAGGCAAGGUGCUGCCUCCACGCCGGCUCCCCCCUGGACCAUCACUGCCACCUUCUUCCUCUUCUUCCUCCUCCUCUUCUUCCUCCUCCUCCUCGGCUCCUCCACGGCUGGGCGGCCCUACCACCCACGGAGACGCACCCUCCAGCAGCAGCUCCCUGGCCGAGGCCCAGCCACCUCCAGCUGCUCCACCACAGAAGCCCCAGCCUCACCCACAGCUCAACAAGUCGCAGUCCCUGACAAAUGCCUUCAGCUUCUCUGAGUCCUCCUUCUUCCGGUCUUCAACCAGUGAAGAUGAAGCCAAAGCGGAGACCAUCCGGAGCUUGAGGAAGUCCUUUGCCAGCCUCUUUUCAGAUUAG